AACAACAAACAUGGCAGCUGGGCUGUUAGUCUCCAGCUUUAAAAAAUUGACUCAACAUUAAAAAAGAUUAGGGAUUGUGAUAUUAUUUAUAUAUAUAGCUAGUUAUUAUUAUUAUAUGUAACAUAAGACACCAGGAAUAGAUAGAAAUUUAAGUUUUUAGUUGCAUGUAAAAUACAGGCAAAUGUUAACUACCUUUACUGAUUUGUUGUAGCAGACCACGAUGCAAAUGUCACUAGAUUUACUGAUUUGUUGACGUUGUAGCAGAUUGGACAUAAAGGUAGCUAGCUACCUUUUCGCUAAAGUAAUGCAAUAAGUAAUAAGCCUUUUUUCCCUUCUGUAUAUGAAACAGCCUACUAUGUUUAAACUACUUUAUGUUGAGUGUACAAAGGAAUAUAGUAAUUAUAUUGUUGUUUUUUUUUUUUUUUGCUUUAGUUUAGCUAGCUACAUAUUGCUAAGUUAGUAGUGAUAACAGUGCAAAUGUUUCAAGUCAGUUUUGGAGUUAUUUUUAUCAAUGUCAUCAUCACAUUGUAAUGGCUGAAGUUGUUAAUACACCCUUGCGUAUAGAAGACAUAGAAAGCAGGAAUUUCUUGCUUGAUUCCUUUUUAUCAUCAGAAAAAGUUGCCAAAGUGGUGCACGGCAAUUUGAUGUAGUGUGAUCCCUUUUCUGUCUAAUUAAAUAAUUAUCUAAACUUCUAAGCAAGUCACAGUGAUGGCGUUUAAUGUUUUGGUAGUUAUGGUUUUUCCCAGCAAAAUUACGGCAACCUGGUGUUUACUUUUGACUUGAUUGCUCGACCCUGGAAUCCUAAUCCGAAACCGGGAUUUUUUGAAAAUGUUGGAAUAAGCGAGACAACGGUGUCUUAGCAAUUUUGAAGCUAGCUAAAGUUUGGCAGAGCACGAGUUAAGACUUUGGAUUCAUAUUAAAUGCAAUGGUCUCAAUGCUGAUGAUUAUAUAUCUCUCCAAAACUCUGAUGAACUUUGGUUCUGCUGUAAAUGUAUCAACAAAAUUCUCCCCUUUGGCUCAACAACUCCCCCCUUAGUUUAUGACAAGAGUCUUUCCUCUAUGGAAAUGAAAAGGUUUCUCUCCCAGCUCAACUCUAUUGAAAUCAACGAGGUCCCCCAUCCUGAAACCAUGGGUGGUGUCAACUGCAAAUAUUACGAUCCAAUUGAAUUCUCUGCCCUUCAAGUUAAUUCUGAUAAAUUCUCCCUUUUUCAUAUGAAUAUCGCCUCUCUGUCUAAACAUAUUGAUGAACUAAAGAUUCUGUUAGGUCAACUUGGGCAUGACUUCAGUGUUAUUGGUAUCACUGAGACCAAAUUCCAGACUAAAAUCCCACCUAUUAACUGCGAUCUAUCGGGUUAUUCCUUCACGCACACACCUACUGAAGGUGAAAAGGGUGGUGCUCUUUUGUACAUCCCUAAUCACUUGCAAUUUAUUGAACGUCCCGACCUGGAUACUCUUGCAUAUAAAAGCAAGGAGCUUGAAUCUAAAUUCAUUGAAAUUAUACGGGCCAAAGAUAGAAACAUGAUUGUUGGAUGCAUCUACAGACAUCCCUCGAUGUCUGUUGAUGAGUUCAACAAUCAUUUUUUAUUGCCUCUUCUUGAGAAAGCGUCUUCAGAUAACAAGUCUAUCUUCCUCCUUGGAGACUUUAAUAUUGACCUUCUAAAGUCUGAAACAGUCAAAGAAGUGUCCGAUUACAUCGAUAUUACUUCGCAAUUUAACUUACUCCCGCAUAUAAUUCUUCCCACAAGAGUUACUGAAGUUUCUAGCACGAUUAUUGAUAAUAUUUAUUUUAGUUCAGCCAAGUGGGACACUGUGUCUGGUAAUAUUAUAAGUUCAAUAUCUGACCAUUUCCCUCAGUUCUUAGUCUUAAAAAACUUGUCUGCAAUCAAUCCUUUGCACACCUCUGAUGAUAUAUUUGUUCAUGAUUGGAAGAAAUUUCAUCACAAUGACUUUCUCACCGAACUUCACAAUAAAAAUUGGGAUGAUAUCCUACAAUUGAAUGUAGAUGAUCCCAACUUAUCGUUUAACAAUUUUUACAAUUGUAUCAACAGUCUAUUGGUCAAUCAUGCUCCUCUAAAAAAAACAUGCAACAAAAAAAGAAAAAAAAAAUCCAAUCCUUGGAUUGGGGUCGUCUACAAAUUUCGUAUGAUAUUUUAUACGAAUAUAUACGAAUUUAAUUGCUUUUAAUUCGUAUAAAAAUCGUAUACAAUUCGUAUAGUGUUAAAUAGUUAUACGAUUUUUAAAAAAUCUAAUACGAAUUUUAUACGAUUUUCAUACGAAUUGUCAUACGAAUUAUAUUCUCUUUUAUACGAUUUUCAUACGAAUUGUCAUACGAAUUAUAUUCUCUUUCAUACGAAUUGUCAUUCGAAUUAUAUUCUCUUUUAUACGAAUUUUCAUACGAAUUAUAUUUCGUUUUUACACUUUUAAAAUGCGAUCUAACAAAAACACUUCUAUCGCCAUUUUUCGUUUUUCAACUUUUAACAUGCGAUCUAAAAAAACAUUUCUAUCGCCGUUUUUCGUUUUAAAACUUUUGAAAAUGCGAUCUAAAAAACACUUCUAUCGCCGUGUUUCGUUUUUAAACUUUUUAAAAUGCGAUCUAAAAAAACAUUUCUAUCGCCGUUUUUCGUUUUUCAACUUUUAACAUGCGAUCUAAAAAAACAUUUCUAUCGCCGUUUUUCGUUUUUCAACUUUUAACGUGCGAUCUAAAAAAAAAACAUUUCUAUCGCCGUUUUUCGUUUUAAAACUUUUGAAAAUGCGAUCUAAAAAAACAUUUCUAUCGCCGUUUUUCGUUUUUAAACUUUUUAAAUGCGAUCUAAAAAAAUAUUUCUAUCGCCGUUUUUCGUUUUUCAACUUUUAACAUGCGAUCUAAAAAAACAUUUCUAUCGCCGUUUUUCGUUUUUAAACUUUUGAAAAUGCGAUCUAAAAAAAACAUUUCUAUCGCCGUUUUUCGUUUUUCAACUUUUAACA